CUCGCCGCCCAGCCCACUCCGCCGAGCGCCGGGGCCUUAGCACGCGCGGCCAAGAUGGCGGCUGCGGGAGGCGGGCGGCGCAGCGGGCACGGCCGGCUCUGACCUGGCCGCCGCACGGCGCGGCGGGAGGGUGCACGGAGGCCUCCGCGGGGCAGCGCCGGCCGGCUAGGGAGAAGGCAGAGCCCCCCUUCGGGGGGGGGGGGAGAGGGAGUUGUGUGCGGAAGGCGGGGGCCGCUGCCGGCAAGCCCGGCCGUGAGGGGCCGGCGCGCGGGGCGUGAGGGCGGGAGCCGGCCCGGAGGGGUGAGGCGGCCCGCGGCGGGGGGAGGGUGAGGGGCCGGGCCGAGGAGGGGCAGCGCGGGCUGAGGCGAGGCGAGGCGAGCUGAGCCGGCCGGCGGACAGGGGAAGGCUGGCUCCCUGCGGCGGGCGAUCGCAGGGCAGGCGGCGGCUGCGCCGGUGGCUCCCCGCGUUCCUGGCUCUCGGCUGCUGGGCGCCCCACGCCAUGUUCUCGGUGCUCUCCUAUGGCAGGCUGGUGGCCCGGGCAGUCCUGGGCGGCCUCUCGCAGACGGACUCCCGUGACUACAGCUUGGUGACAGCCAGCUGUGGCUUUGGCAAAGAUUUCCGCAAGGGCAUCCUCAAGAAAGGCAUGUGCUACGGAGACGACGCCUGCUUCGUGGCCCGGCACCGGUCGGCAGAUGUGCUGGGGGUAGCGGACGGUGUAGGUGGCUGGAGAGACUAUGGGGUCGACCCAUCUCAGUUCUCAGGGACUCUAAUGCGAACGUGUGAACGUUUAGUAAAAGAAGGACGGUUUGUACCAAGUAACCCUGUUGGGAUUCUCACCGCAGGUUACUGUGAGCUGCUGCAGAACAAAGUACCUUUGCUUGGAAGCAGCACAGCCUGUUUAGUCGUUCUGGACAGGACAAGUCAUCGUUUACAUACAGCCAACUUGGGAGACUCUGGAUUUUUGGUAGUCAGAGGAGGAGAAGUAGUCCAUCGAUCCGAUGAGCAGCAGCAUUACUUCAACACUCCGUUCCAACUGUCCAUAGCUCCACCAGAAGCAGAAGGCGUUGUCUUGAGCGACAGCCCCGAUGCUGCUGAUAGUACUUCAUUUGACGUCCAACUUGGAGACAUUAUUUUGACUGCAACAGAUGGACUGUUUGACAACAUGCCUGACUACAUGAUUCUGCAGGAGUUGAAAAAGCUGAAGAACUCCAACUAUGAGAGCAUACAGCAGACUGCGAGAAGCAUUGCUGAGCAAGCUCACGAGCUGGCAUAUGAUCCCACUUACAUGUCGCCGUUCGCACAGUUCGCAUGUGACAAUGGGUUGAAUGUGAGAGGGGGAAAACCAGACGACAUCACCGUCCUUCUGUCUAUAGUAGCCGAGUACACAGACUGAGCUGCCCGCAGCGGCAGCCCCCGUUCGCACCCCCGGCUCCAGCCCCACACCCGGUUUCCUGCUGGCAGGAUCCUUCCUUCCUUCGCAGCCGAGCUCGGCAGCCGGUUCUCGAGCUCGUGGCCUGAAGCCCUUGUGAAGAACCACUCUCAUAGUACACUGGUCUUUGUCUGCCAGCAAGAAAUGAAGAAGCUCAAGGCUUGAAAAGCAUGUGUCUCAGAGCUUAAUCAUUGUCCGUAAAAAGGGGGAGGAUCGAUCCCACGUCGUUACUGCAUUUGAAAUGUGACUUCCUUUCAAAGGAGUAGAAUUGGUUUCUCAUCUUUCAAACUAGAUUCAAUAGAUACAACCUCUCCAGGAGGGCAUAUUACUCUGCUUACUAGAAACGUUCACUAUUCAUUAGAGGGUAUGUUACAGAACAGAGUUUCAUAAGCAUAGUCUUGUUACAGUGAUAGCUGAGGUUUCGUGUUUCUAAGCUCCGGUUUUCAGGAGAUUUCUAACUGCUGUAAACAUUCUGCUCUUGCCAUCCAUGGUGUCAGCCUUAGGAGCCUUUUCUAGUACGGAAUUUCCAAAACAAAAAUCCAUACUUAGUUCAAGUUCUAUGGAUGCAAAUGUGUUUUGUGAUUUCAGGUGCUUUAACUGUGAUCUUAAAAAGUUCUGCAGAUCAUUUGUCCGUAAUGGGCCUGGUAUCGGGGUGUUUGGGCUGUGGAGAAUUUUAAUUUAAUUUAAUUUUAUGUUAUUUUUUUGAAGUACAAAUUCUAACUCGGUGUCAGCAAACUGAGCGGGGCAGAGCCGAGGUCCCUGCAGCAUCUUACCCCAUCGCGGCAGCGCAGGGUGAUGUGGCGCAGAGAACAGCUCAUCCUCAGCUCUGCCCUCGCUUCUGGCAGCUGAUGCUGUUGUUAACGAAGCUUAAUUUGUGUUCAGAAUUGCCACUCGCUCGUGUAGAACAGAACGUGCUGCACCCGUUGAGGUCCAGUCGAUCCUUUGACUCGCAGACGAGCACCUCUCUCUGCUCCUGCUGUGGCAGCAGCGGGAAGUACAGAACCUAUUAAUGAAUAAUCAGCUAAACUUACAUUUCAGUAACUCAAGUUUCGGGUUUGGGGAAUGAACCUUAAUGAUGUUUACAGUUCUCUAACAGCCACUUUGCAAUAUGACAUUUCCUUUCGAAUGACCGUAGCUCCCGUUUGUUCCCCCCUCUUCCAGCAAGCUUUCCUUUUCCUUUCCUGAGGUUCAUACAAAACAAGCUGAUAGCUGUAAAGAUAUAUAUAUUUUUGGUCAGGUUUUUGGCUGGGUUUUUUGUUUUUGGGUUUGUUUUUUUUUUCAUUAACUUUUUUGCUGGUAGAAGAGUCUGUAGAAAUAAAUUAAAGCCAUGUUUUUAUAUAUAAAAAGUCGGGUAAUGUUGCUGUUUAGGUGAGUGCAGUUAAACUCGGUCAGUAAGUAAUCUUACCUGCUCUCCAGAGGAGAUUUUUUACUACCUGGUUUAUUGUAUUAAAACUGUUUAAGUUUGAGGUUACCUCAACCUGUUUAAAGAAUUUUUGUGGACUUGUACUGUAUAUUUGCGUAACUAUGUCGAGCUUUUAUUUAAGGUCAUUUAACAUGUACCAUGUACAUGUCAUUUUACUAUAUUUCAAUGCAUCAUGCUUGUAACAGGCAUUUCAGUUAUAAUAAGUGAUUAAUUUGGAAGCUCUUCAGUAAUUUAUCUGCUAUUCCUAAAUUGGCGUCACGUUAGCGAUGGAUUUUACAUCACCUUGUAAUUACUUGUCAAAAUGCCUUAACCACCCUAACUUGACCAAAAUCUGAUUUUGGUGAGGGUACGGGGAGGAUGAUGUUAAUGAAGAAGAAUUUACUGAGUUUUGUGCUACCUGGAACAGUGAGUGGUGGAUAACUUUGCACAAAUUGUGAGUCCUCGUUGUUUUCUACAACGGAACAAGCUGUUCCCGGCUGUCUCCCAGAAGGAAUGUAUCCACGCUGCAGCACAGGGCUUUGUUUCUCGCGUUUGGGAGGGACGUUUCCCUCUCAAACCUUGGGUGUCUUUUACAUUUUACUCUCCAGUAUUUACUGUCGCGCUUCUUGAUUAGAGCAGAUUUGAUCAAUUCUUCUUUCCCUUCACCUUCCCUUCAAGCGAUGCCCCUGUAGACCCGGACUGCUGCACUCUCACCCCUCGCUCUCAGCACGCUCAUCCCCAGCCCUCGGUAGUUUUUUCCCCUCUCCGCUUCCUAGAGGUAGGCACGGGGAGACGUUUGCGGAGCGGAUGGCGAAGGCGCUUGUCCCCUUGCGCUGUGCUCUGCCGCUGCGGUGCCGGGAUCGGGAAUUCCCGAUUGGAAGCCGUUGGCAGCUGAGCACUAUCAACAAAGCCGUUUGCCUCAUAUCACACCGUGAUUCUAGUUUUUUAUUAUUAAGAACAAAUUUGGGUUUUGAUUUACAAAUCAUGAGUUAAUCCCUCACCGGACACACCAAAGACCAGUAAAGCUUAUAGCUUUUCCAUCUGUUUAUAAAGCAAUACUGUAUUAUAAAGAAUUGAUAUUUUUAUCACAUGCUUGAUUGUUUUGGGGUUUGGUUUUUUUCCUUUCUUUUAAGAUGUGCACUCGAAACAUAUCAAACCUGAUUUCUUCCUAUGAACUUAAGCUGUCUGCGCACAACAAAUUUAAUGGAAAAGGAAAUGACAGGGCCCAUCCUAUCAAAAUCCUUGUAAGCGAUGCAUGAAGCAGUAACACUUCCUAGGAAUUAGCUUAUUGUGGCUACUCACGAGAGGAGCGUACAAGAAGGGUUGUUCAUGCCAUGGAAGCGUGUGUGAGCGGAGCACGGGCUGACUCCCGGCUGCACGGGGGGUUUCUGGUUGUGGUCAGGAGCUGGUGGAUCGGGAGCGAUGAGCUGAAGGAAGAGUUUUAUACACCAGUAACACGUAACACCCGGGGCUGGUGGGAACUGGGGUUCCCAGGGCGGCGUUAUUGGGUGUUUGGGCAAACCAGGGCUGAGAUGUGGUGAAUUGGAAACUGUGGUUCCUUGCUCCUUUUACAGCUAUCUUUGGGAGACCUGCGACAUCCAGCUUCCCUCUAAACGUCCUUUCUUGGUGUCUAUGAAGAAGGUUAAAUGGCUUAAAAAAACCCCCAAAAUACAGAUCUUGGGACCAGGCAGUUGCAAUGAGUUGAGGAGAAGGGAGGGGUGAGGGUCUGGCAAAGACGUGGAGGAUUUUGUGAUGGAAUCUCCAUCUCUUGCUGAUGGACAUCCCUUCUCUGCGGAAAACCCAGCUGUGUGGGUAGGAAGGGGCUGUGUGAAGUAGUUUCUCACAAAGAUAGCUGAAAUAAUGAAGCAAAUCUGAGUCUGUAUCUAAUGAGGAUGCUUUUUUGUUGUUGUUAAAAUGAGACUAUCAUCUAUGCUUACCUAAGAGGCGAUUAUGUGAAUUUCAUGUCUGAGGUAUA